UACAGUAGUAGUGCCAUAAUAAAAGGAAUAUUUUUCUUUAGGAAAUUAAAAGAAAAACAAGAUGCAGGCAGGCAGGCUCCUUGAUUUCAUCACCCGGCUCUCACAAACUCCAAGGGGAAUCAACCAAGAAACGCUCACCUUUUAAACACCCCAACCGAAACCUCCAAAGGCCAUCGCCAUUUCCUUCCUUUCCUCCCUCCCAAUCCCAACGCCGCUUCCUUGUCUCCCUUGCACGCUCACCAAACGCGCGCGCGCGCGUCGCCUCCUAUGCUCGCCGGCGUCGGCCGGCGAUGCCAACCACCACCCCGCCGAAGCGCCCCUCCGCCGGCGGCCGCCUGCGCCGCCUCCUCGCCUCCCUCCGCCCGCCGGCCCGCGCGGGGCCGCUCCCCGUCCAGACCGGCUUCCCGACCUCCCUCGCCGACCUCGUCGUCAAGAACCAUGGCCGCCUCAACUCCUCCCUCAAGAAGCCCAGGAGGCGGCACCGCGCAGCUGCCGCCCCCGCGCCACCGGUGGUCGCCUCCGCGGAGCCGGCGUCACAGCGAAGUCGGCAGCUUGCGCUGCCUCAGGCCGCGGCGGUGCCGGCGCCGGCACGCCCCAAAGGCGCGGGCUUUAGCAUCCGGCCGGAGCUCCUGGCGGUGGCGCUCGCGCUGGUGGUGAUCUGGAGCAAGCAGCUGGUGGCCGCGGCCACGCUCGCGUCGGUGGCGCUGUUCUGGAUCGAGUCCGUCAGUUCCCCCGCCUCCCGCCGGCGGCCGCCGCUGGAGAAGAAUUCGCGCGGCCGCGGCCUCGUCUCGCCGAUUCGGGAGGCGGAGUCGCCGGUCGAGACGCCGAGGCGGAGCUACUCCGCGUCCGACACGGGGAGCGAGGUCUCCUCCCGCUGGACCGCCGACACGACCGACCUCGCCGGCAACGAAUCGGGCUCCACCAGCCCGAGCAAGAGGAAGGAGAAGAGGAGUUCGCUUCGGAAGCUGCUCGCCAAGAAGCUGCAGAACGGCAAGAGACCCAAGGAGGGCAGCAAGGACUCCCGCACGGGCGCCGCCGGCGAGGUCAGCGCCCCCGAGCCUGCUGCCCCCGCCGAGGGGACGGCGCCACUGCGGGAAGCGGUCACCGGCGAGGGGUGCCACCGUCGACGACGAGCGGCCGCAUUGCCGAUGGCGGCGUUCGUGCCGGUCAUCCUCGCCGGCCUCGGGGCCGGGAAGCUCCCCGCGGUGGCGCUCACCGUGCUCUGCGCCGUGUUCUUCACCUCAGUGGAGAGAGCACCGGACGCCGCAGCUCCGGCAAGUGGCCAUGGGAGUGAUCCGAGGUAGCAGCAGCGGCCUCCGGUCCGGAGCUCAGUCAGAUUCCCACAAAACCGAGGGAACCUUGCAGAUUUUUUUUUUCAUUUUAGUUUGUUGCAUUGUUGGUUGUAAAUUAGCGCCACGAGAAGAUUGGACACAAACAAGCGAGUGUACACAGAUUCUUGGUUUCUUUUUGCCGGAACAUUUGUAAUUGCAUUCCUUCUUGAAUCCGAAUAAGAAGUGAAAUGACAAGAGAAAAGCUGUUUGCCCUGUU